CCGCGCCCUUCUGAAUGGCGUCUGUUGAUUCUACUUUUGCCCCUCAAUGGAAGUACGAUGUCUUCUUGAGUUUUAGAGGAGAAGACACUGGUAAAACUUUUACCGAUCAUCUCUAUACAGCUUUGGAUGAGAAUGGAUUUUAUGCCUUCAGAGACGAUGGAAAACAUGAGAAAGGGGAAGAAAUUGCGCCAGAAUUCUUGACAGCUAUUGAGGAAUCAAAGAUUUCCAUCCUUGUAUUUUCGAAGAACUAUGCUUCUUCGAGGUGGUGUUUAGAUGAGCUGGAAACCAUAAUUAAGUCUAUGAAAAAACCGGGUCGAAUGGUUAUGCCGGUGUUCUACCAUGUUGAUGCAUCAGAAGUGCGAGAUCAGAUCGGAAGUUGUGAAGUAUUUUUGAGUCAUGAAAGAGACGCCGAGGAGACGAAGGAGAAGGUGAAUAGAUGGAGGGCCGCCCUGAGGGAAGCAUCCAAUCUAGUGGGAUGGCCUCUUCACAAUCACAGGUAUGAGUCACAGCUUAUCAAGGAAAUUAUCACUGAUAUUCUUAGAAGAUUGAAUUGUGAGCUUCUACAAGUUGAUUAUGACACAGUUGGAAUGGAAUUUCGUUUGAAAAAAUUGUUGUCGUUGAUAAAUCUUAAGUUGGAUAAGGUUCUCAUGAUUGGGAUAAAUGGAAUAAGUGGAAUUGGGAAGACUACCAUUGCCAAGGCUAUUUACAAUAAAAUCUCAUAUCAUUUCCAGAGUACCAUCUUUCUUACAAAUGUUGGAGAGAAUUCAAGAGGUCAUCAUCUCAAUCUACCACAAUUUCAGCAGCUACUUGAUGAUGCAUCAAUAGGAACACAUGGAAGAACAAAAAAUAAAAGGGUUCUUCUUGUUGUUGAUGAUGUUGAUCGGUUGAGCCAAGUAGAAUUCUUAGUUAAAUUACGUGAUUCGUUUAGCCUCCGAAGUAGAAUUAUCUUUACAACUAGAGAUAGACAUUUGCUAAAUGUGGCUAAAUUAGAUGCAUCAUUUGAAUCUAAAGGAUUAACUCAUGAGGAAGCUAUUCACCUCUUCAGUUGGCAUGCCUUUAAACAAACCUUUCCAAAAGAAGAUUAUGUUGGUCUUGUGAACCAUGUUGUAGGAUAUGUUAAGGGUCAUCCUUUAGCUCUUAAAGUGUUGGGUUCUUCUCUUUUUGGCAAGACAAUAACCGAAUGGAAAUGUAUAUUGCAUAAACUAAGAAAAAACACUCAUGGAGAAAUUUACAAUGAAUUAAAAGUAAGUUUUGAUGGACUAACUCCUACAGAGCAGGAGAUUUUUCUUAAGGUUGUAUGCCUUUUAAAGGGGAAAGAUGAGGAAUCUGUUUCAACAAUACUUGACAGUCUUGGGUUGGGCUCAGAAAGUGGAAUUCAAGUUCUUCAUGAUAUGUGUCUUGUAACAAUUUCAAACAAUAAGUUAUACAUGCAUGAUUUAUUACAACAAAUGGGUCAAAAACUUAUUCAUGAAAAUAAUCCCCAUGAGCCUUGUAAAAGGAGCAGAUUGCAGGAUUCCAAGGAUGUGUAUCCUCAACUGACAAGGAAUACGGGGACAGAAGAAAUUCAAAAGAUACAGUUCAGCAGUGCAGGUUUCCUGAAAAUGCCCAAAUUAUAUUCCCUAAUGCAUCUUCCUUUGAAAUCUUUGCCGCCAAAUUUUCCUGGAGAUAGCCUUAUUUUACUUGACUUGAGUCGUAGCAACAUAAGACAGCUCUGGAAGGGGAAUAAGAUUCUUGGAAACUUGAAGGUCAUGAAUCUCAGUUAUUGUCAAAAUCUCGUAAAAAUCUCAAAAUUUCCAUCUAUGCCAGCAUUGAAGAUUCUAAGUCUUGAAGGGUGCAAAAAGCUUAGGAGUCUUCCAAGUAGCAUUUGUGAGUUGAAAUGCCUUGAAUGUCUCUGGUGCUCUGGCUGUUCAAACCUAGAGGCGUUUCCAGAGAUCACAGAAAAGAUGGAAAAUUUGAAAGAGCUUCAUUUGAAUGAGACAGCUAUAAAAGAGUUACCUUCAUCAAUUUACCAUUUGACAGCACUUGAAUUUUUGAAUUUGGAACAUUGCGAAAACCUUGAGAGUCUUCCAAGUGGUAUUAGUAAGUUGGAACACCUUAAAAGUAUAUGUUUAUGUGCCUGUUCAAAACUAAAGAGCUUACCACCAACACCAGGAAGAUGGAAUAUUUAAAAGAUCUUUAUCUGGAUGAGACAGCUAUAAAAGAGCUACCUACAUCAAUUGGAUAUCUGGAAGAGCUUGAACAUUUGGAUUUGUCAUUUUGCAAUGAUCUUGUGAGUUUUCCUGCUAUUAACAGUCAACUUUGUGGGCUAAGAUUCCUUGGUUUGAGUCACUGCAAGAGGCUUCAAAGCCACCCUGAGCUUCUAUCAAGUAUAGAGUAUGCAGAUGCACACCAUUGCACCUGCUUGAAGACUUUGCCGUUUCCAUCAUUGUCGCCAUGGAAGAGGCAGACAUGGCCUUCUGUGUUCAAUUAAUACAAAUGGGAAAUUCAGGGGUCGGAAUCGAGGAGCUGUUUGCCUUGUGCAGAGAAUGAACCACCUUCAUGUGUCAGCAGAGAAUUUGAUAUUUUCAUUUCUGGAAGUCAAAGAAUUCCAGAGUGGAUAAGUUGUCAGAUGGGAUGUGCAGUAAAAACAGAGCUUCCUAUGAAUUGGUAUGAGCAGAAGGGUUUUCUCGGUUUUGUUUUAUGCUCGGUCUAUGUUCCACUCAAUGCUGCAUCUGGCCAUGAAUCUGAGAAUACGUUUGAUGAUAUAUCUCAGAAUGAAUAUGCUCAUACAUCUAAGAAUGAAUCUGAGGAUGAAUUUGAGAAUUCCCCAGUUGGCGCAACACACACUUGUCGUUUAGAAUGUAAAUUGACUGAUCAAAUUGGAGAGGUAGAUUUUCUUGCAUUUGGACCAACCCUUUGUGAAUGCGAUGUUAAUGGUCGUCCAUCCAAGCAAGUGUGGAUCAGGUAUUAUCCAAAGGUUGCACUUAAAAAGUACUUCUCCAAUGAAUGGAGUCACUUGAUUGCUUCAUUUAAAGGCUAUCACAAUGGUACACCUCUAAAGGUGAAAGAAUGUGGAGUCUAUCUUAUAUAUGCUCGAUCUGAUCAACAUUAUAAUCUUCUUGCUGAAAGCCUUGAUGAUGCAGGAUCAAUUGUGGUUGAAAGUGAUAGCUUUGAUGUAGGUCAGCAACCAUGCCUUGAAGAUUGAGAAGAUCCACCAAUGAUCAUGGUUAAGCUUCUGCUCCUGAAAAGUUCUCUCUGAAUACUUCAAGACUUACUGGAUGCAAAACGCUUAGGAGUCUUCCAAGUAGCAUUUGUGAGUUGAAAUGUCUUGAACAUCAAGUGUUCUGGCUGUUCAAACCUAGAGAGGUUUCCAGAAAUUACAGGGAAGAUGGAAAUUUUGAAAGAGCUUCAUUUGGAUGAGACAACUAUAAAAGAGCUACCUUCAUCAAUUGGACAUCUGAUAGUGCUUGAAGUUUUGAAUUUGGCACGUUGCAAAAGCCUUAGCCUUGAAGGUUUUCCUGGUAGUAUUAGUAAGGCCUUGAAGGUUUUCCUGGUAGUAUUAGUAAGUUGCAACACCUCAAAAGUCUCUGUUACACUCACUGUUGAAACCUAAAGAGGUUUCCAGAAAUUACAGGGAAGAUGGAAAUUUUGAAAAAGCUUUAUUUGGAUAAGACAACUAUAGAAGAGUUACAUGCAUCAAUUGAUAUCUGGAAGGACAGUGAUUUCGGUUGUCAUGGGACUCUUGGUAUCAAACGCUGUUCAAAACGCAAACCUCUAUUCCUUAAGAAUACAACGAGCAAUCUGGGGUGAUUUGUCUAAGAUUCCUCAGUUUGAGCCUCUGCAAGAGGCUUCAAAUCCUCCCAGAGCUUCCAUCGAGUAGAAACUGUGUAGAUGCACACCACUGCAUCUGCCUGAAGACUUUGUCGAUUCCAUCAUUGUCACCAUGGAGGAGGCAGUCAUGGCCUUCUGUUUUCAAUAACUUCAAAUGGAAAAUUCAGAUAUGAUUUUCAUGGAACACAACUAUUAAUCUAGACACGUGAUUUACAUGGUACUAUUUUGCAGGAGUUGGAAUCAAGGAGCUGUUUGUCUUGUCCAGAGAACGAUCCAUUUUCCAAUGUCACCAGGGGAUUUAAUAUUCUGACUUCUGGAAGUUGAGCAAUUCUGAAGUGGUUCAGUUAUCAGAAAGGAAGUGCAGUAACAAUAGAGCUUCCUAUGAAUUGGUACAAGGAUAAGGGGUUUCUAGGAUUUGCUUUAUGUACGGUCUAUGUUCAACUUGAUGCUGAAUCUUGCCAUGAAUUUGAGAAGCAAUAUGAGAAUAAGUUUAAUGAUAAAUCUUAGAAGGACUAUGCUCAUACACCUAAGAAUGAAUCUGAUGAUGAAUUUGAGAGUUCCCCAAUUGAUGCAACAUACACUUAUCGUUUAGAAUGUAAAUUGACUGAUCAAAUUGGAGGGGUAGAUUUUCUUGCAUUUGCACCACCCCUUUGUGAAUGCUACUUUAAUGGUGGUUCAUCCAAGCAAGUGUGGAUAAGUUAUUAUCCAAAGGUUGCGCUUAAAAAGAAGUACCUCUCCAAUGAAUGGGGUCACUUGCCUGCUUCAUUUAAAGGCUAUCACAGUGGUAUACCUCUAAAGGUGAAAGAAUGUGGAGUUCAUCUUAUAUAUGCUUGAUCUGAUCAACAUGAUAAUCUUCUUGCCGAAAGCCUUGAUCAUGAAGGACCAAUUGGAGUUGAAAGUGAUAGCUUUGAGGUAGGUCAGCAACCAUGCCUUGAAGGUUGAGAAGAUCCACCAAUGACCAUGGUUAAGCUUCUGCUCCUGAAAAGUUCUCUCUGAAUACUUCAAGACUUAUUGGCAAAUUGCAGAAUCCUAUUCAUCGAGCCUUGGAUUUGAAAAUCUCAGUACGUCAAGGUCGAUGGCCCAACACUGAACUGAUCCUAACUGAUCAAGGCAGGUCGCUCAUUACAAGUUCAGUUCCAAUUUUGAGUUAAGCUUUCGGGUUCCAUUCAACUUGGUUUUCCACCAUAUUUUCAGACUCAGAGACUGAUCAAGUCCCCAAGCAAGGAUGUACGAUCAUGUUUGUUUAGAUCAUGCUUUGGAAUGUGUUUAGAUAAGGUAUUAAUUUCAUGCAUAAUAUAUGUGGGAUCCCCACGUCUGUCUCGCAUGAAUCCCUUUCCCCGUCUAGACUACAGAUGGCCAAAAUGUUAUGGGAACAUCAUUCAAGUAAUGAAUACUGGCAGUAAAUACUGAACCAA